GGUUGCGGGUAUUCUUAUUGGACACCCAAUGGACACAAUUAAAACCCGCCAACAGACUUUAAAUUUAAGUGCAUUACAUACAAUUACUGCAACUUUAAAGCAUGAAGGUAUUCGGGGAUUUUAUAAAGGCAUGUUAUCACCCCUUUUGACAAUCGGACCUAUUAAUUCCCUAUUUUUUGGAGUAUACGGAAACGUACUUCAAUUACUUCAACACAAUGCAAAUUCGGAAGGAAGAGUAGAUUGGACCGAUCCCUCUUGGAAAAAAAAUGUAUUUUUAGCGGGUUGCGUUGGAGGUUUCGCACAAUGUUUCAUUAUAUGUCCGGUAGAACUAAUAAAAAUAGAACUACAACUUAACACUCAAGAUUCGUUUGGAAAAAAUAGUCAUACCGAAAUUCCACACAAAACUCCAUGGAGUGUUACCAAAUAUAUAGUACAACAAAGAGGAGUUCCUGGAUUAUUUAGAGGCUUUGUGCCAACAAUGUGGAGAGAUAUGAUUAGUUCAAUGAUCUAUAUGCCAUUGUAUGAAAGUUACUUGAUUUACCACAAAUCUACGAGCAUUUACCACAUUGCAUUUGCUGGGGGUUUAACAGGAGUUUUUUCUUGGGCGUGCGUAUAUCCUUUCGAUGUAAUAAAAUCAAGGAUUCAGGCAGAUAAUCCAACAAGGCUACAAUACAGAGGCAUGGUAGAUUGCAUCUGCAAACUGUACCAGCGAAAAGGCGUCACCGUUUUCUCAAGAGGACUUUCGGUGUGUUUAUUACGCGCAUUUCCUGUUAAUGCAGUCACUUUCAUAGGCUAUGAAACAACUCUAACAAUAUUCCAAAAAAUUAAGAAAGUUUCCACCACUUAUUGAUGUUGAAUAUCAUAAUCUAAACAACCACAUCACGAUACACCGGUUGACCUGUAGAUUUGGGUACUACGUGACCAUUUAUAGUAAGAUUUAAAAAUCUUACAAAAUUGUAGGUGUAUUUUCGUGGGUUUUUGUGAUCCCGUUUGAUGUCGUCAAGUCCAGAAUUCAAGCAGACAGUACGGUGAACCCGAAAUAUCACGGAAUG